AUGCCCGCACUGGUCCGCAAGUUGGCCGGCAACAACGUCGUCCCCGGCGUGUACCGGCCCGUCCGAAGCCUCCCGGCCCUUCUCUCUCCUGGAUGCUGCUGUCAAGGGAACACAGCACCACGUCUAUCGGUGCGAAAUGGGAUGUCGGAAUUCCGCCUGGAGGCAGCGGCAAAGAGACCGCGGGUGACGGGCACCCUCUCAGACGUCCAAAGCGCGCCUUCGGUUACGGGUUCCGGCCAGGAGAACGAGGCGUACGAGCACUACGACCCGGGAGUGUAG